CAUUUGUGUGUGUAGUUGAUUGAAAAAGGCACAUGAUGAAGGUGCUCACGUUAAUUGUGUCAUUAUUCAUCCUAAUAUCAAGAUCGGAUGCAAGCACUUGGUAUCCCCCUGUGUGUGGUUGCAAACCGGACAUAACACCAAUCUGCGCAAACAAUGGAAAAACUUACAGCAGCGUAUGCGAAAUGAAGUGCGAUUACAAUUAUGUCGGCUUGCAGAUGGUUAGCUAUGGACCUUGCGAAGAUAACAGUCCUAUACCUAUCCCCGUAAACGUAUAUCCGCCGCCAUACCAACCAGACCAGUAUUAUCCGAUUCCACCUCCACCACGUCCGUCUCCACCACCGCCAUCACCGCGUCCAGUUAAUGUAAUUUAUUAUCCGCAAAACGUGCCAGGUUCCAUAGGAGCAUCUCGACCUCUUGCGGGAAGCGCACCUCCACAUCGAAAAUAAACUAUUGGAAAUAGAUUUGUACACGUCAUAGUAGAUGGAUUUGGCUUCA